GUUAACCUGAUCAGGUGCAGACGUCAGCGCGUUUCCAGCUAAUGAGCGCAAAUAACGUGCGCGCACGCGGGCUAUUUAUGAGCCUACAGACUUGACGCAUACGUGUUUAAGUUACUUAUUAGCUCUCGUUAGCAGAAAAAGCUAAAUAUUAGCAGAGUUUAGCUGCUCUUUACAUGUUAACGUUAGCAAAACAAUAAAAAACCACCUGUUGGUAGUUAACCUAGUUUAGCUACGUGCCACGCAGCGGUUUGGCUAUUUAGCGCAGUAAGACCGCUUUAAAUAUCAAGCUAAUCACUUAAUAUGCAUUUAAAAAAGUAUAGAGUUUAUACAGUCAUAUAGUGUAACCUGGGCUUUACCUGUUGGAGUUUGUUACAUUUUUAUUACAUUUUUUUGUUGUUGACUUUACUUAGUCCACACGUUUGGUGCAGAUUACAGAUGAGGGCAUAAUUUGGCAUUUUAUUGAAUGGUUUGUCGGACUCCAUGUGAAUUUUUUUUUAGUUUCAAUUGUUUAUUUUUUUAUUUUUUUAUAUAUUUUAUUUUUUAUCCUUGUAUUUCUGCUUGUUUCAUGUGUAAAGAAUUUUGUGCGAGUGUUUGAUAAGUGCUCUAUAAAUAAAGUUUUUUUAUUAUUAUUAUUAUUUUUAUGUUGAAUGGAACCCUUAGAGCGACCGCCUCUAAGACACUGGACUGAUUUUCGUUUCAUAGCCAUGUGACAACUUCUCCACAUCUGGUGAACUUUACGACCUGUCUGCUCAUUUGUUGUUAAAACACUCCAAAUAUACAUACCACCAGCCGCACAAGACCCUGUUUAGUGUUUACACAGUGGGUCCAGGGAGGGAGCGCACCAGCCGCCACCUCAGGAAGGGGAUGUGUGCAUGUUUCCCAUCAACAGUGCUCGACUCAGGCAGUCCAUUGUUACGUGUGGCUGGGAAAGCGAGCACAGGAGCAGGACGGACCUUGAAAACGAAACGGGGCUGCAGGGAAGUCGAGCAGGAGGCAGGGAUUGAUACCACAUCCCUCUGGUGUUGUUAAGAGGGGUCGGUUAAGCAUUGAGGGGCAGGGAGGGCUCCACAGUUCGCAGGCACAGGGAUGGUCUUCACGAAGUCACGGAGGUCGUGGAUUGAGGAAACCUUCUUUAAGAGGGAGUGUGUGAAGUUCAUCCCCUCCUCCCGGGACCUACACAGAUGUACUCCACUAUGUCAAGUAUGCCAAAAUUUGAUCAGGUGUUGUUGUGGACGUCUAAUUGGGGAACAUUCUUGGCAAGAGUCCCUUCCUCCCAUGUCUUUCAAUCCUGGUCCUGGACAGGAUGUGGAUGAGGACUGGUCAAUACAGUGCCACACGAAAACCAGUCCUACUAAUGCUUAUGGGAUCGUAGACUUUCAGGACACUGCCACACGAGUCUGCCGGGCCAAGUAUGUCCGUGUGGCCGUGGACUCAAAACCCGAGUUGCUCUUCCAACUGAUGGUGAGAGAGUGGCAGAUGGAGAGACCCAAGCUGCUACUGAUUGUCCAGGGAGGCACAGAAAACUUUAGCCUGCCCCCUAAAGUCAGGCAGGCCUUUAGCAAUGGGCUGAUGACUGCUGCCCUCAGCACAGGGGCAUGGAUACUCACUGAUGGCAUCAAUACAGGCGUGUCUAAGUACGUAGGGGAUGCCAUGAAAACAUUUGGAGGCCAUGACCUGAGGAAAAGAAACACAGUUGGCGUCACACCCUGGGGGCUAAUCGACAACCACAUGGACCUCAUAGGCAAAGAUGUGUUCAGGCCCUACCAACCACUGGGGAACCCCUUCAGCAAGAGACCCUGUCUCAAUGGUUUCCACUCCCACUUUCUACUGGUGGAUGAUGGAACGCUGGGGAAACAUGGCUGCCAGCAAGACCUCAGGAGGAAGCUGGAGAAGCACAUCCAUCUACAGAGGAUACACCCUCGACUAAACCAAGGAGUGCCUGUGGUGUGUGUGGUGCUGGAGGGAGGUCCCGCCAUCGUGUCCACGGUGUGGGACUACGUCAGCCGCGCGCCCCCGGUGCCGGUGUUCGUGUUCGAGGGCUCGGGCGGCGCUGCCGACCUGCUGGCCUUCGCACACAAGCAGACGGUCGCUGACAGGCAGCUGGAUGCUGACAUUAAAGAGGACUUCCUUGUCAGGAUUGGAAAUGUGUUUGUGGUAGAUAGAGAAGAAGCCUCGCAGCUUUACAGUCUCCUCUUACAAUGUAUGGAUUACAGAGAUUCUAUAACCAUCUUUGACUCAGAAUCAGACGACCAGAUGACACCGGAUACAGCCAUUUUGUCCGCUACACUGAAGGGCACCAAGGCCAGUCCUGCUGAACAGCUGAGCAUGGCUCUGGCCUGGGAUAGAGCAGAUAUUGCACAGAAAGACGUCCUGGUGUGUGGACAGCACUGGAAGGUUGGUUCUUUAGAACAAGCCAUGCUGGACGCUCUGGUAAUGGACCGCGUCAGCUUCGUCAAACUGCUGAUUGAUAAUGGCAUGACAAUGAGCCGCUUCCUCACCGUGGAUCGACUCGAGGAGCUCUACAACACGCCACAUGGUCAAACGCGACUCUUCUUGCACCACCUCGUUGAAGAUGCAAAGCAGGCGUCUCUCACCAUAGGCUACCGUCUGUCCCUCAUCGACAUGGGCCUGGUGAUAGAGUACCUGAUAGGAGGGGGGUACCGCAGCACCUACACGAGGAAAAACUUCAGAGCUGCCUACAGGACAAAGGGCAAAGAGGGUGCACAGGACAGUUGCAGCCCUUUGUCUAAACAGAAAGAAGGAUCAGCAUCUACCCCUGGGCGGAGGCAUUUCAUUAGAACGGCCCAACCAUACAAACGCAAGGCGCAAGACACGCCACACAGCAGCGGCAAGGAGAAAUCGCUGACCCCCGGCCUCGGUGCCGCUCCUCUGCUGGUGCCCCUUAACUUCAACGACCUGUUUGUGUGGGCCGUGCUGCAGCAGCGGCAGCCGAUGGCCCUGUUCCUGUGGCAGCACGGGGAGGAGGCGCUGGCGCGUGCCACCGUGGCGUGUAAGCUUUAUCGCUCCAUGGCGUUUGAGGCGCGACAGAGCAGCAUGGCCGACGACAUUGCAGAACAGUUAAAGACUUAUUCACUUGAGUUCGGUCAGCUGGCGGUGGAUGUGUUGGACUGUGCCUUCCGUCAGAACGAGCAGAUGGCCAUGAAGCUGUUGACUUCGGAGAUGGAGGCGUGGAGUAAGUUCACCUGUCUGCAGAUGGCCGUGUCCUCAUGUCAUAGGCCAUUCGUCUCCCAUUCCUGCACUCAGACCCUCCUCACAGAUAUCUGGACUGGCCCACUGAACAUGAGGAAAAACUCUUUCCUUAAGAUAACUUUGAGUCUUCUUUUACCACCUGCUAUCUUUCUGCUGGAGUUUAAAAGCAAAGCUGAAAUGUGUCAUUUGCCACAAUCGCAUGAGGCGAUGCUGUUUGGACGCGACUCCACAAACUCAGGAACAGCCCAUGAGAAAAGUGAUUACAUGGGCAGUCUGGAUGCAGAGCAAGGCCUGCCCGUCCACGAAGGUUCUGUCUCUGAGACGGUGUCCUCUGUGACCAUGCGGUGUCUGUCCUGGAUCACGACAUGCAAUGAAUUUUAUGGAACUCCUGUUGUUAAGUUUUGGUUUCACACUAUGUCAUACUUGGCCUUUCUGAUGCUGUUCUCCUACGUUGUCCUGGUGAAGAUGGAGGAUGAGCCCAGUGUUCAGGAGUGUCUCGUCAUCAUGUACAUUUUGUCCACUGCAGUGGAGAAAACCAGAGAGGUCCUGAUGUCUGAGCCAAGCAACCUGAGCCAGAAGCUCAAGGUUUGGUUCUCAGAGUACUGGAACGCUUCCGAUUGCAUUGCCACCCUCCUCUUCAUGGCCGCACUAGCGCUGCGUUGGAAUGCUGACCCUUACCGGACGGCAGGACGCGUUAUCUACUGUCUGGACAUCAUCUUCUGGUUCGUCAGGGUGAUGGAUCUCCUGGCUGUCAAUAAGCACGCCGGUCCUUAUCUCACCAUGAUCACUAAGAUGACCAGAAACAUGUUCUUCAUUGUGGUGAUGAUGGCCAUAGUGCUGCUGAGCUUCGGGGUGUCCAGGAAGGCCAUUCUCUCCCCAUCUGAGGAGCCAUCGUGGCGUCUAGCUCGAGACGUAGUCUUCCAGCCCUACUGGAUGAUCUUUGGGGAGGUUUAUGCAGACAAGAUAGACGCAUGUGCCAAUGAUGAACCAUGUCCUCCUGCUUCCUUCCUUACAAUAUUCCUCCAGGCCGUCUAUAUGUUCUUCCAGUAUAUCAUCAUGGUGAACGUCCUUAUAGCAUUUUUUAACAACAUCUACUUAAACAUGGCAUCAACAUCCAAUAAACUGUGGAAGUACAACCGCUAUCGCUACAUCAUGACGUACCAAGAAAAGCCGUGGCUGCCUCCGCCCUUCAUUCUCCUCAGUCACAUUACACUGGGUCUGAGAGCCAUUGUCAGGAGGUGUACUGGAGACGCUGAGCGGGAAGAGAGACGCUCUGGACUCAAGCUCUACCUGGACCGUGAGGAUCAUAAGAAGCUCCAUGAGUUUGAGGAGACAUGUGUGCAAGCCUACUUCCACAAGAAGAGCGAAGAUCUUCACAGCAGUCAAGUUACCAGGAUCAGAGAAACGCAAGAAAGAGCUGAGGAGAUAUGCACGAUGAUGGGCGAGGUCUCGGAGAGAGUCAGCUUCAUUCAGAACAGCCUGUCGGACCUGGACGGGCAGCUUGGGCAGCUCCAGGACCUGUCGGUACUGGCUGUGGACACGCUCACUCUGCUCUCGGCCUCUGACAGCCUUCAUCAGGAGGAAGCACGCCUGGCUUCAUGUCGACCCAGCACUGCGUCACGACGUGUCCUCCCUCACAGCUGGACCCUCUUACACAGAAGUGGACCAGACUGUGAUGUUGUUAACAUCCGACGUCUGCUGGCCAAGUCUUGUAAAAGUACUCCUCCCUCUCUGCUGAAGGGACACACUCUGGUGACAAGUAGGUGGACAUCACAGGAGUGCCAUGUUGGAGGCAGAGGGAGCAGGGGAGGAAGACAAGGGCCUGAGGAGGAAGGUUCAAAAGAGGAUUCACACUCUGCGACUCUUGACUAUACCAAUGACAAUUUAAUGGGACUUCCCAGACCUGCAUCCCACGCUUCCUUCUCUCAUUCUUACGGAGUCCAUCUUGGUAUCAGAGAUCACACACCAUCUGAGUCUUGUGUAACAUCCCGCUGUGCGUCACCUCUUUCCCCAAGAGGCUUAGAUUCGCCGUAUCAUAAACUCUGGACGUGGGACCCAUGUCUGUAUCCCAGCCAGGAGGAGACUUCCAUGGAAGAGGAGGACGAGGGAGAACAAGAACAUGAUGAAAACAAAGAUGAUGAGCAAGAGCAAGUAGAGGAAAAGACACACAGUCCACUGCCUGAUACAGAGCUCUCCAGAUCCUCUAGCUGUGCCGUACUUCUGCCUAAGUGUCAGGACGUCUCUGAGGGUUUGAUAAAUCCUGCCUUUUCUCAGGAUGAUAACUCGACAUUGUCUCAGUCUAAGCCUUGCACUCAUCGGGAAAGAUCUAUGAAGUCUCUCAGGUUGAAGUGUCUCUACAGGGAUCGCCCCUAUGGCUACUGCAGGUCUCUGUCAUCGAGCAUGGAGAACAUGACUUUCGGUGGGGCGCCCAUCAGUCCAACAAGAGGAUCAUUUCCUUUUCUUCAUGAGCAACUGAACAAAGAGACUUUGAAAGAGGAAAGGCGCUUCAGAGAUGACUCUUCAUUACAGUACAGCAGGAGCAAAGAGUGGUCCAAGUCCUCUGACUUCACUAACGCCCUGGACAACACAGGCCAAAGCUACAACAGGAAGACAGUGAAGAUACGAGAGGACAGUCCAGAUACUUCCCAUUUGUCUGACGCCUGCUGGAGAAGACGCCGGAGAUUAAGAGGAGAAUCUGCAUGUUGGUCGGCUUCCACCAGCCUCAACCAGCUCAAUUUGGAACCCAUGGAUUUGUUCCAAAAGCAUAUGUUUUCCUAUCAGGAUGUGUGGAGCCCCACUCAUUCUGCAUGGAACAGUUGGGCCAGACCUAUGAGCCGCAGGUCUUCUUUGCAAAGUGGCCUUGGAGCUGAAGCCAGAACUCCUUUGUUCCAGUCCACCGAAAAUUUAUAUCCACACUAUUCAGCUAUGGAGAGAAACAAUUUGAUGAGACUGGCUCACACGAUCCCAUUUACUCCAGUUUCCAUCAUGGGAGGUGAGGAGGUGAGCAUCUACUGCCUAGAGGACGUGCCCUCUGAUGCCGACCCAGAAUGCACUGCGGGCUCCUCCUGGUCGUCGAAAGGUCUGUCUGCAAUGCUGCAGCCCCUGUCCAGUGAGGAGGGUUCUCUAGAUGGGGGUCUCCGACUAGGCUGUAGAGUUCUGUGUACGUGGGCAGAGCAGGACGUCCUCAGACCAGGUCUGGUGUAUGUGGUCAAAGCCUUCAGGCCAGAGGUGGUUCGCGCCUGGCAGAGGUACUUCCCUGGUAGCACCGCUCUACAGCUUUGUUUAAGGGAAAUUCAACAGCAAAGAGCAGCCCAGAAGAUGAUGCAGGUAUUUAACCAGGUCAAACCUGAGGACAUACACCACUCGCCAAAAUUUCUAGAUGUAUCGCUGGUCCUGUGGCAUUCUAACGGCCAGUGGCUGACUAUUGAAAGGAACAUGUCUGGUGACUUUAGCAAGUAUAACAACAACACAGGGGAAGAGAUCGCCCCCUGCUGCUCACUGGAGGAAAUGCUGCUGUCCUUCUCCCACUGGACCUAUGAAUACUCAGGCAGAGAGCUCCUAGUGCUGGAUAUACAAGGCGUUGGAGAACAGCUGACUGAUCCUUCAGUCAUUAUGGCAGACGACCAAAGUGGUACCAAGGGCGAGGUGCUUUUUGGUCCAGAUAACCUUGGAGACGCUGCCAUCACCAGCUUCCUGCAGAAACACUGUUGUACUGUUUACUGCCAGCGCUUGGGCUUAAAAGAUUUAAGGAAGUGUCCGGACAUCUGUGAGAGCACGCGUGAGGGAAAGCCAAUAUCCAGGGAGGAAGAGCAUGAAAGCAUGGUGUAACCUUUGACUGAGGAAGCAGGGAAAAGAAAUGACACGUGCACCUGAAUCAACACGUGUGUCAAGAUAUAUCUAUAUAAUGAUUUAGAGAAUUAUUUUUAGUUUGAAUUGAAAUGUUUUACACUGAGACAGUCACUUUUGUUAAUAUUUUACACUAUGUGUUGUAUAAAUUCUCCCUUGUUUGGGUAAAAUAUUAAAAAGAAUAUUAAAAA